UGCUGAGCUGAGAAAGAUGCAAUGAUCUGUACUGACAAUAUUUUAAUGGAGCACAUAAAAGCGUGAAAGUGAUCAAGGAGGUCGGCGUGCCUGUGAUCACCACAUUCGCUCGCUUUGAACUCUCAGGGAGGAGCACAAUGCUCUCAUUCAGAGAUUGGCUGAAUGACAGAUGCUCCCUCUCUCGUUCUCUCUCACCCCCUCCUCUCGGUCUUUCUCUAACGUUAAUGAAUUCAAACAACCCGCCCCCUACCCAUCCAGCUCUCUUUCUCUUACCCUCUUUUUCUCUCACCACAGAACAUUUCCAGCAUUGGCAAGUUCCUCGUGAUUUGCUCUCAUCGUCUUAAUGAAUUCAACUGGGAGUGCAUUGGCCCUGAUGCCCACCCCUCAGGGAGAGGUCCAGUGCUUUUGCAUAUAUCUGGAGGGCUGCUCCAUGCUCUUCCAUUGUUCCAUCAGCUUCUUUCACCAACAGGUCCUCCGAGAGGAAGUGUGAGAAAAAGCUAAGCCAGCCAGGAGGUGGGACGCUUGAUACGAAAGGAGCUGAUUUGUGUCCAUGCACCUGUGCUUUUAAGUGGAACUUCUUAAGAAAAACUCACCUGUGGACAGGUGAAGUGGAAUCAUGGGUGCAAUGUCACUGCUGAUGUUGAUGUUGAUUGGUUGGUGUGGUGGGGCGCCACCAGCGAGAGAAGUGUACAGAAUGCCACAGAGUGCACUUAAAGCGCUGUCUGAUAGAGGAACUGUAGUGAUGGAGGCGGCUCUGUCCCGCGCUCUGUCUGCCGUAGAUGCUGCCGUAUCGGACCGCAGUAAAGUCGAAGCUGGCUGCAGAGGGUGUGUGCCCUGCCUGUUUCAGGACUGUGGACAGCGAAACGGCGCUUGUGGUAAGCUUGAAUACACAUUUUAUUUGACUCUUUGACUUUAAAAACGGAUGCUGAUGGUGGUGGUUACUCUGUAGCAUCUCCAGAGGACACACAGUCAGAGCCGAGCUGUGAGGUCAUAUCUCGCGCCCAGAAGGAAGCUGAUGAAGGAGAGAGGAGCUGGUUGCUGAGUCAGGCCUGUGGCUUCUACAGACAUCGUUGCACACCUGCACAGGUGAACAAAGACCUGUGCAUCAGAGUCAUGGGAGAGAGCUGCAGCGCUCGGGUCCUGCAGUGCAGUCUGCUCAACACCAUGCAGAACCUGGAGCCGACCACACAGACCACAGCACAGGCUGUGUGUGGCCAGCGUUUCGCCGUCUCGCAAAACCUGACACAGCCUCGCUCUCGUAUCAUGGGGGGAUCUCCUGCUCCUCUGGGCAGCUGGCCAUGGCUGGUGAACCUUCGGCUGGAUGGGGCUCUGAUGUGUGGGGGUGUUCUGGUUGACAGCUCUUGGGUCCUCACUGCUGCCCACUGCUUUGCUGGGAGCCGUGGUGAGAGUUACUGGACAGCUGUAGUGGGAGAGUUUGACCUCACAAAAACUGACCCUGAUGAGCAGAUCAUGAAAGUCAAUCGCAUCAUCGCUCAUCCAAAGUUUAACCCAAAGACAUUUAAUAACGACAUUGCCCUGGUAGAGCUGAGUUCUCCAGUUAUUCUGUCUGAACGGGUCACACCUGUCUGCUUGCCCUCUGACCUCGAUCCACCGGCUGGUACACCCUGCUUGGUGGCCGGCUGGGGCUCUUUGUAUGAGGACGGACCCUCUGCAGAUGUGGUGAUGGAGGCAAAGGUGCCCCUGCUGACUCAGAGCACCUGUCACAGUGCACUGGGGAAGGAGCUGCUCACGAACACCAUGUUCUGCGCUGGGUACCUGUCUGGAGGCAUUGACUCAUGCCAGGGUGAUUCUGGAGGGCCGUUGAUCUUCCAGGACAGUUUAUCAGGACGGUUUCAACUGUUUGGCAUCACC